UCCGGAAUUUUGAUCCGCGGAGCAACCGCGCGGUGCCCGGAUGUUAGCUAUUCACAGAGAAAGACGAACGAGAUCGAGAGAGGCGGAGAGGCUAGGAGACACCACGGACUAACCGGUAAAGCUAUCACGGGUCUCAAACCCACGACAAACGCGGAGUGUUGACUCUCAUUUCGAGGAGAGAGAGGGAGCCGUGAUCGAAAAAAGGAAGGGGAGGGGACCGCUAACUUUGACAGAGCUGGACUGGCCUCAAGCAGCUGACACGAGCCCGGGUUUCAUUUUGAGUGACAUCAACAAAGCAUUGAUCUGAGGGAACUCCUGCGCUCUCGCCGCGCCAGAUCGCCACCCCUUCGCGCUACUCCUCUCUGGAGCCCCUUGACCUGCCACCAUGACUUCGGAGCUGGAGAGCAGUUUGACCUCCAUGGACUGGCUGCCGCAGCUGACCAUGCGGGCGGCCAUACAGAAGGCAGAUGCCCAGAACACUCACGGGCCGGGCAUGGCUAAAAAGAGCGCUUUGCUAGAUCCCAACACCACACUGGACCAGGAAGAGGUGCAGCAGCACAAGGAUGGCAAGCCGCCGUACAGCUACGCCAGCCUAAUCACGUUCGCCAUCAACAGCUCGCCAAAGAAGAAAAUGACACUUAGCGAGAUCUACCAAUGGAUCUGUGACAAUUUCCCUUAUUACAGAGAAGCUGGCAGUGGGUGGAAGAACUCAAUACGGCACAAUCUUUCGUUGAACAAGUGUUUUCUCAAAGUGCCUCGCUCCAAAGAUGACCCGGGAAAGGGUUCGUAUUGGGCAAUUGACACAAAUCCAAAGGAGGACACGCUGCCCACGCGGCCCAAGAAGAGACCACGGUCUGGAGAGCGGGCAUCUACACCGUACAGCCUGGAGUCAGAUAACUUGGGAAUGGACUGCAUCAUCUCUGGAAGUGCCUCUCCAACGCUGGCAAUCAACACUGUGACUAACAAGGUGGCAUUGUACAACCCUGACCAGGAUGGGAGUGACAGCCCUCGAAGCAGCCUUAACAAUAGCCUAUCUGACCAGAGUCUGGCCUCUGUUAAUCUCAACAGUGUUGGCAGCGUGCACAGCUACACGCCGGUGACGAGUCAUCCAGAGCCGGUAUCCCAGUCCAUGAGUUUGCAGCAGGCCCCUCAGGGUCAGUACAGCAUACCGGACCGUGACAAGCAGCUGCUCUUCUCGGACUUCGAAGAUCUUAGUGCCUCCUUCCGCAGCCUUUACAAGACUGUGUUCGAACAGUCCUACAACGCACAGGGUCUGAUGGGCAUGCCGUCGGAGGCCUCUCAGCCAACCCACACCUCCUGCUCUUACCAACACUCUCCCAGCAGCACUAUCAGCACCCACCCUCACAACAACCAGAACCCCAUCACCAACUCUCACCCCAACAACAUCUCCAACAGCGGUAGCCAGGUGCCUCUUUCCCACCCCCCUCAUUCCAGCCACAACUCCCCCCACGGACAGCACCUCUCCCAGCAUGGCCCCCACACCCAACACAGCCAGCACCCUCACACAGCGCACAGCCAGCACCCACAGCACACCCAGCACAGCCAACACCCCCAACACAGUCAGCACGGGCAACAUCCACCCCAGCACCAGGGCCACGGCCAGCAACAGCAACAUCCGAAUCUGUCCCAUCAGCCCCAUCCUGCCCAGCAACAGAUGCAGUGCAACACUGGUCUUCCCAAUGACUGGUACCCCAACCUGGAUGCGCUGAAAGAAAGCUGCCGCAUCGCCAGCAGCUACAACUGGGCUGAUGUGGAUCUGUCACCCUUUCAAGGUAAAGGUUUGAAAGAGAGCAUGAGGCAGGCGGAGCUGAAUAACUGGUCCCUUGAGCCCACUCAGAUGGCAGACCUCUGCUCCUCCAUCAAUCAGUUCUUCAAUCGCACCGGAAUCCAGCCACAGGGAGCAGUGCAGCCUCCAGUGUGUCACGGCUCCAUGCAUCCAAACAAGCCCAGCUCACACAUCAACACAGGAAACAUGUACAUGGAUUCGAGACAGAGCAUGAGUUCUAUGAUGGGUCCACCGGGUUAUCCCCACAUGCCACCCAUGAGCACCGCUGGCCCUGCUAUGACAGGCCAUCACGCUCAGAUGAGCCAGCAGCACAUGAUGCCCGCCGGAAACUUCCAGAUGCGCCGCAUGCCCGCCGACGACAUCCAGGACGACUUCGACUGGGACUCAAUCGUCUAACCCAGUCCCCGAACGCGAAGAGAGUGUUGCAGACAAACGAGAGAAGAGCGAAUGGAGGCAGAGUGUUUGUGUUACAGUGCGAGAGGGCUGGACCUGGCGCGUCUGCACCCCCGUGACAGAAGGCAGAUUGGAACUGGACACUUGAAAAACAGUGCAGGUGUUGUUCAUUAUGACCCGAAAGAGACUCCUGCGUUCCUGGUGUUUUUACGAAACAAAACGAAAAAAUAUAUUACUUUGAAGACAAUCACAUUUACUAGGACGUUUAAGUGAUCGCUUUUGUACUUGUCCGAAGGGCAAGCGUUUCAUGUUUAUGUCGAAAUGUCUCCCGACCCUCAGCCUUUCUGCAAGCCCACUCAAUUGCCAAGCUCUCCCCGCUCUUCAACUGUUGUUCUGUGAUUUUUCAAGUGAUAUGUCCGGCUUGUUCUCCCCUCUCGUGGUGACUAACUCAGGCCUUGACUGCCUAUCAAACAAGAUUGGCUUUCUCAUUCGUGUCAUGAAAGUUGCUCCGAGAUGCGCAGGGCACUUUUCGGAAGAGGGGCGACCGUGCAGGUGGCGUAGCGAUGUAGUUUGAUGGCUGAUUCUGAUGGUCGCGAAAGUGAAUCUUGCUCCUCUGACCCUAAACACUGUAAUAUGUCGAAAAGUUGCCAGGCAAAUGAAUCUGAUUCAAGCUGAUUUUCAUUUUUUUACUGAUUGUUAAGGCUCAUAACAAGACGUGUAAACCACAUUACCUGCAGUAUUUGUACUUGUGUAUCUUUGCUGUCUAAAGUGUAUCAUGUUUUUGUCAAUAAUAGUUUUGCAGUAGGUGACUCUGAAAGUGAUAUUGAUCCAAACCUCACUAAUAUCAGUUUCUCUUUGAUCAUCACUUUACGUUUGCAUGUACAAUCCUUAUUUUUUAUCCCUCAUCUUUAAGAUUAUGUUUCUUUACAAAUAGUCUCCCGGUCGGACUGCACUACGUCAUUUAAUGCCCUCAGGACGGGCGAUCCACGGAAAACAUAGAUUUGUGGGAUACUGGCAGUCCUGUUGAUGCUGCUGUGUGGAUCUUUACAGCAGUGCUGCACAUUUGCUUAACGGUCCGCAAUAAAAAAGCCCUUUUUAUUUUAACUCAUAGACUGGCCAACAUGGAAGCGAGCACAGACUCACCUACCUAACCUUUUGCUGUUGAUUUUGGUCUGUAAAUCUUGGGUGUAGUGUAACGAUGGUAUAAAGGACGUCAGACGUUUAACUUAAUACACUAACAGCCUUAUUUUGAAGAAAGGCUUAUUGCUCAAUUGAACUACUACCCAGCAUUUGCUUAGUCCACAACUAGUCAUGUGACAUCAAGUUAAGGUUUGAGAUCAGUUUUCCUUAACAAGAAAUUGCAUACUGUUGUCCUUAGCCCACUUACACCAAAUGAACAUUUAAAGGACAUUCUUAUACUGUUUAUAAUCUGGAUUAUAGGGUGUUUUGUGCAAUAUAGUUUAUUUAGGGCUAUCCGUGAUCACAAUCAUCUCUUUAAAAGAGCACAAAACUAAUGCACAAAAGUUUGAGAUCUAGACUAGAGUGUCCCAAAAUACAUCCAUAUAUUUACCUUUCGUCAGGGUAUUUAUUGCUGGGAUGAAUGAAGCACUUUGAUACGGCCAGAUUAUAUAGCGGAGCGAUAGGAAAUAUUCAUGAUGAUUUGUCGAAGCCAUAGAGUGCAGUCAAAGUGGAUCUGAAUGUUUACGCUCUUCGUUCGUCUUUCUUGGGCUUUCGUUUAAUUAUUCGUACAAGUAUGUGUGCUAAUAGAUUUGACUUGGAAAAGUAAAGUAAUCUAAUGACAAUCAUUUUUCUUUAUGUUUCAGUAUUAUAAAAUGUACAGCUUAGUAUUUCUACAAGUCUUUGAUGUGUAUUGGUUUUUAAAGCUCCUAAUGUCAAUGGAUUAUAAACCUAUAAGAGUCAUAAAUGUCCUGUUUGGUCUUACAAUGGAUUCUUUUUAAAACAGCAUGUGCACGCUGUAAGAAAAAAAUUGGUUCGAUUUAAAAAAGUAAGUUAAUAGUUAUUCAACUCAAAAAUAUUAGUUGACACAAUAAACUAAUAUUUAAGUCAAAUCAACUUAAAAAUGUAAGGCAACCAGCUAACUUACUUUUUUUAAAUUGAACCAACAAAUAAUUUUUGGGACUGUUUAUCUAAAUAAUUUUGCACUUAAACUUUUUAAGUAUAAUCAACUUUUUUUAAAGGUGCAGUGUGUAAAUUUAAGCAGCAUCUAGUGGAGAGGUUGCGAAUUGCAACCAACGGCUCACUUCACUGCUCACCCCUCGCUUUUGAAACAUAUAGAGAAGUUACAGUAGCCGCCACCGGAAAAACAUGCCAUUGUCGGAGACAUCUUAGUAAAAACACUCACCGUUAAGAGCUUCUGUAGAAACAUGGCAGCACAAAAUGGCGACUUCCAUGUAAGGGGACCCUCGCUGUAUGUAGAUAAAAACGUCUCAUUCUAAGGUAAUUAACACAUAACGGUUCAUUAUGAAAAAUCUUUAUAUACCCCGAUAAUAUAAUUUUGUAUAUUAUUUUGCAAUUCUGUCAAUAGAUGCUUCUAAAAAUUACACACUGCACCUUUAAGUCAGUUUAACUUAAUUUUUUUUAUCUUUAGUGAUAAGUUGUUGUAAUUUAUAAAAUACAUUUGAAAUAAUUUAAGCUCACUUUAUUUUGUAAAAAUAUAAGCCAAGAUAAAAAAAAUAAAAGUUGAAAUGAUUAGUAAAUCUAUGUUGAUUAUACUCAGUGGCGGCCGGUGACUUCUUUUUUCAAGGGAGCUCGAUGCGAAGUUCGUCACAACAUGUAUGUAGCCCGUCAUGUUUGUGGUUCGUAAUUUCAAAAUAUGUGUCCGGCGCGUCGACUGAAUCUAUGUGCAUAACGUGUCUUGUCAAAAUAAGUGCCUGCUGCAGACGCGUCUAAAGGGUUUAUGAUAAAAGAGACGCUCGCGUUUGCCAGAUACUCACAUAAUCUCAUGCGUAAUCCGUGUUUACUGUUCAGGGAGUGUCUUGCGUGUAUUUUGUGAAUGCGAGCGUCUCUUUUAUCAUAAACGCGUGUGCAGCAGGCACUUAUUUUGACAAAACGCGUGAUGCACAUGGUUCGCAUGAUAACAAACACUUAUUUUGAAAACACGAGCAACACACAUGACACUCCAAACACUUAUUUUUAAUUUGCGCACCUCGAAUGAGCAGUCACGAGCCGCCACUGAUUAUACUUAAAUUUAAGUGUACACUGCAAAAGUGAAAAGCAGGAUCAACCUAAAAAAAAUACGUUUUUUUUUUACUUAAAUUUCACUUAAAAAUAAUAAUAAUACUUAUGUUUUUAGGUGUAACCAAUUGAACACUCUUAAAACAAUUGUGUUAUUUCGUGUCUAGUUGUUGUCCUUAACUAAACACAUCUCUGUGUGUUAUUAUUGGAACGACACAUUUUGUUUUUAUUUAUCUCUUUUAUUUAUUUGAACACAGAUGACACAUAGGGGCAAUUUCCCAUACAGGGUUUAGAUUAAUCCAGGACUAGGCCUUAAUUUUAUCAGGACAUUUAAAGCAACACUAAAGAGUUAUUGCUCUUUGCUCCCCCUACAGGUUAGACGCGUAAUUGUUCAUUAGCACUGUCGUAAAUACUGCAACAUAGCUGGCUCUGAUUGGAUUGUAGGUCUGCCGUAAAGUAAGUUUUUGUAGUUUUCACUCGAACUACAGGACCACUACCCGACGGUUGGAAACUUCUUUAGUGCGGUUUUGGCCGUAGAGGGCUGCAAAGCGAAUGUGAAAGUGCCAUUCACCCUGUUUUGAGUGGAUGUACUGCUGAAACUUUUUUGGAAACGUUAUUUUAAGGUAAAAAAACUCUUUGGUGUUGCUUUAAGUAGUUUCUACAGACAUGCCUUACAUAAACAUUAUUGGUGUGCGUCUUGAGACAAAACAAUGGUACUGAUAUAUGUUUAGAUGCGUCGGUGCAAGUUGUUUUUAAAUUAAGGCUCACUCAUGCAUUUUAGUCUGGGACUAGGAUAAACCCUGUCCGGGAAACCGCCCCAUAAUGUGUUAAAUAGGGUAACACAAAAUAAUGUUUUUUAAAAAUAUUAAAUGCUUUCUUGGAGUGAAAUAAUUUGUUAAGUUGAUCCAACUUUUCUGUCUGAUUCUUAACUAAAUCCUGUCCACUAUUCAACUAUGUAUGUAAUUAAUUACGUAGCCAUCUAUGUAGUCCAAAGUUAGCAAAACCAUAUUACUGACUCCUUACGUAAAUCAUACAUAUUUGCUAAUUCAAAAUGCAAUGAUGCUAAAUUUGUGAGUCCAAUGACAUUGUCUAGCCCUACGACAGAGAAAAGAUUUCCGUUUCUGUUUUCAUCGGACACACUUGUGUCUUAAGCUAACCCUCAUUGCUCAGAUCCGCUUCGACUCCCAACGUUUUCAUUUUUUCUUUUAAUUUUUGCAUCGCUCGUACGUCUCGUGUUUUGUUUUGAAUGCUGUUGAAGUGUUCGCAAGCCUUGUUAAGCUAGCCUCAGUGUUUGUCAUACAAAUAGCUUUCAGACUGCUAACCGGUCAUUUGUGCACUUUGAAAAGAAUUAAGAAGCACAAGCGCUCACGUUGCUCAUUUCUUAAAGCAGGAUCUCACGGCGUUGGCUCGCUGCCGAGUGAACGUUUGGCAUUGAGCCCACCCUCGGUGUGAACUUUGAUACCAUACUGUGUGGUGUACACCCUGUAUCACGGUUUGUCUUGAUGUUGACCUCAGAAGGACUGUCGGUUUUAAGUUGGAAAUAUUUUGUACGUAUUGCCAAUCUAUUUGUGGUAGUGAUGUGUUUGGAUCUCUUGUUUGCCAAAGAGAGAAAGAUUGAUUUUUAAAUAUUUAAGGGGGCAGGUAAUCGACGUCCUUCCCGGAUGAUGGAAAAAGUAAGUCUGAUGGAUCGGACCGAACGGAAAGCUUAAGAGGAGUGCAAGAAAAUAGGAGUUGGGACAGGUGAUAAGUUCUCUCUCUCUUUCUCUUCCUCUUUUUCUCAAAAAUAAGAAAAAAGGAAACAUUGCUCCUUUGAUUUUGUGUUUGUGUUGUGUGAAAGUUUUAACUGUUUAAAGACGACUCGGUUUUCGUAAAACAAAAAAAAAUGAAAAA